AUGCUUGUUUCUGGUAGAAGGACCUAUGAGUUGAUUUCAACCGCUCCAAGGUUUAUUAAACUUAGUGUUCGUCAGAAGUCGGCAAAAUUUAAACGGAAAGUCGCUCGUUCUCUUCCACUCAAAUCACCGACUGCUCUCGCCUUGGAUCAUUUUGAUUUUUACUAUGGUCCUUUGUUCGGAAAGCAGUGGCCAUCUGUUCGUUUGGGAUUACUAUCACCGCAUAAGUAUAUAGCUGUUGCCAACAUCUUUUCUUCGUCGCCAGAUAUAAACGAAGCUAUUCUCCGUGAACGUGGUGCGUUCAAUCUCCUCGACCAGUUACUCUCGGUGAAAACAUCACCACUGACUGAGACAGCAUCUAGGGAGCCUGACGGAAAUGAUGAAGAAAAGAGGCAAAGUUUUAAAGCAGAAGACUCGCCUAAGCUAGUGCUAGAAGUAGAUGAGACGCCUCGUGAUGAAUCUGGUCUGAACGAAUUUAGACCGUCCACGAAAACCUUUACCUUAGGUGAGCUAAAAAGUGGUGAGCACAGAAAACGUCGUGAUAUAACAAUUACUGGUUUUGAAGGGCAAGGUCUUGUAGUACCAAAAGAAAAUCACCGUAUUAAUUACCCAGAGAAUUUAAAACUCUAUGUUUAUCCUCGUGGAGAUUUGACAGAUUUCCCAUCACCAGAUAAGGAUACAACUGGGGUUCCUACUUGGUGGUUGCUUGAUGGCGGAUCAAUAGUGCCUGUCCUAGCUUUAAAUUUAGAAAAGGGUGAAACUUUGUUGGAUAUGUGUGCAGCCCCUGGAGGAAAAAGUUUACUAGCAGCUCAGACUUUGCUACUAGAUAAACUGGUAUGCAAUGACGCAAAAAUGUCUCGCCUUGGGCAGUUACGCAGAGCUUUGGCUUCAUUCAUUCCGAGCGUUACUGGGAUGGCUGACAGAAUAAUCUUGAAACGAAAAGACGCCGCCGAUUUGACUGCAUGGAACGAGCUAGAAGCAUACGAUAAGGUUUUAGUCGAUGCACCUUGUACAACUGAUCGACUCUCACUAAGCGUAGAUGAGAACAACAUUUUCUCUGUGAAUAUGACUACAGAGCGACUGAAUCUUCCGAUUUUGCAGACGAAACUUUUAAUAAAUGGUUUACGUUCGCUGAAGGUUGGUGGUUCACUUGUUUAUUCCACUUGUGCCUUAUCGCCUGUUCAAAAUGAAGUAGUCGUUGAAAAUGCAAUUGCUAUUGCUGCGGAAAGAUUUGAUAUAAAAGCAGUGGAGUUGUCUCUGGAUGAGCUGGUAGUAGACUUGUCUCGGUUACGUUUAUACAAAAUCAACAGAUGCAAAUUAGGUUUUCUUGUUGUACCUUUUUUGCCGUCUAACUUUGGUCCUAUGUAUUUUUGUAAACUUAAAAGAGUUAUUUAG